CCACCAUCUGGUAUACGAUUGCAUAGCACUUUUGAGCUUCACUAUAAAUGCCCAGUGCUGCAGCGUAUGUAGUUUACUGUUUCCAGCCAUCUUCUCCAGCGACGUUCGAGUUCACCAACCGUAGCCAACAAAGAAGAAUUUAACUUGCAACCAAUACAAAGAUAUUUCAAGCAACAGCACAAAGAUGAAUAAUCAAGGGGCAAUUCAAUGUAAGGUGAAACUUGUCACCGAUGGCGAGCAGCAAGAAAUGCGACGCUUCCAACUGGACGAUUCGUCCUUCGCGAGUAACUUUGAUCUUUUCAAAGAGAAGUUGCGCGCUGUUUUCCCGCAACUUCGAGAUACCGGCUUCAAAGUCACCUGGACCGAUGGUGAAGGCGAUGUUAUAACAAUCGCUAAUGAUGAAGAUCUCCUCAUGGCAAUGAUGGAGAUGAACGGAUUGAAAGUGCUCCAAGUGCACAUCAGUGGGGAAACUAAAGAAGAUACUGAAGAAGACAACAUUCCCUUCAAUAUGUAUGGUUCAGUUAUCACUUGUGAUGUGUGCAACUGCCGAAUUACUCGCUAUCGCUACAAGUGCCUGCAAUGUCACGACUAUGACUUGUGCCAGAACUGCGAGCAAGCCGGGAAUCAUUCCCAGCACGCAAUGAUGCGUCUGGUUAACUUGGAGAUUCCCCGUGGUCUGCAUAAGAUGGUGAGCCACUGCACUCGUGCAGCCAGAAAGGCCGCUCAUCAUGCCGCCAGGGAAGCGCAUCACGCCGCCAGAGGUGCACAUCGUGCCGCCAGAUGCGGUUUUGACAUGGCCAAAUCCGCCGCCAGAGGUGAACCCGGCAGAUGUUCAUUUCGCCACAAUCGCCACGAUGAACGUAAACCUGGUCCCGGUGAACAGGCUGCAGAGAUUCCGGUGUUUGACACUACAGUUCUCUAUGACUUGGCAUCAUCUUUCCUGGGACCUUUUACUCAGGCCCAUGGAGGUGCCACAAACAAUGGUCCAGCUGCAGCCCAGCCUCAACAGCCAACUCAAACACCCAAUCAGGGAGCAACUCCUACUCAAGCAUCUGGUACCGCAACACCAACAGCCCAAACUGGCGCUACCCCAACCGCCAAUGCAGCCCCAACUCCAGCAGCUGCACCCGUUGAUGUAAUCGGAAACAUCCUCCGCGACGUAUUCUCCGCAAUCAAUGCCAACGUGGCCCAGGCUGCAAGUGGCGCAUCCACACCUGUUCCAACCCCAGCACCAACUCCUACAAACACCCCAGCCGCACCAGUGACCCGCGAUGAUGACGUUGUGAUCGUUGAUCCAACUCCCACAACUAAAGCUACUACAAAUUCAACACCUAUGGAUGUAGAGCAACCAGCUCAAGCUACUCAAACUGCUCCAAUCUAUCCAAAUGUUCCUCAGGGACCAGACGCAGGUUGGACUUUUGUCAGCCCUCCGGUUACCACCACUACCACCGCUGCGCAACCAUCAGCUCCAAUUGGAUUUGCUCCUCCUCUCAACCCGGAUGAGGUAAAGUACGCCAGCCAAUUGGGCCAGCUGCGUCGCAUGGGAUUCUCCGACAACAUUGACCUUGUAAGCUUGCUCAAGCGUUACAACGGCAACAUCGGACUUGUUGUUAAUCAUUUGUUUGCGAACAGCAACUAGACGCUAUAUAAGCACCCAAGCAAUAAUUUACUCUAUUAGUCUAUAUAUCUAUAUGGUGAUAGCAUUUCCUGGGUUAUUAUUACCACAUAAGUUAAAAAUGUAGCAACCUAGCGCACUGUAUUCGCGCCUUAUACAUUCGUAGGUUAGGAAUCUCUUGUACGAGUUGGCAAAUUAAUCAAAUAAAUCACAUUAUUUGGAA